AUGGCGGCCAAUGGCUUCCGCGCGUUCGCCAGUGUCAUUGCUCUCCUUGUCCUCGUCGCGUCUCCGCUUACGUGCGCGUUGCAAGGCAAAAACGGGAAGCCCCCGCGUACUCCGCUUAAAUACACCGACCGCGAGUGCAUCGCGAAGCUGAACAAGGCCGGGAAGCUGGUCCAAGAAGGUGCCGUGUUCGUGAAAUCCGCCAAUCCCAAGGACCCCCUGCCGACCUACUUCCCGCGCCUCGUCGCCGCCGUGCAAUCGCUGCGCAACGGCGCGCUGCUGCUCAAGAGCGAGCAGCGCUCAUUGGUUCUCGUGCAGAUCUCCAACGGCAUGAAUAACAUCAACACCGCUCUCGCGUUCCUCAGGCCCCCGCCGGGGUCCAAGGCGAAAAUGACGGAGAGGCAGGCGACCGCGAUUGACUAUCUCGGAGGCGCGCUCCGGGUGGCUGAUCUUGCCCGACAGUCGUUUGUGGGGAACAAGAAGAACCAACCUGGUGGCGCCGCUUAA